UUCAUGUUGUUACAUUCAUUGCCUUCCCAGCGUUUGACGGGGCUGGAAAGUCCCUUUCAAAUGGUCUUCAGUCUGAAAAUGAGAAAUCGUUUUUAGAACAUUAAUAACUAUUAGGUGUUUAGCACUAUUACGUUCAACCUGCACAUGUGCGUUGUGAGAGUUGUUGUAGUUCGCGAACAACCGCUAAAUCACUUCAGCGUGAGGGUGUACAUCGGCUAGCUGGCUAGCCAGGCUCUUUGUGUGGUGAUGUUUUGUUUUUGUUGAACAUAACAGCUCUCGUGGCUUGUUAGAUUAUUUGCAAUGUGUGGAAGCCAAUAAGAUUGAUAGCAUACGGUGCGAAUUUGGACUGAAAGGCCUGUAGACGUUGCAAAGCGACAAAUAUAUAAGGAGUUUGAAGUCGAGGAGAUGGGCAAUUGUCUAAAAUCUCCAACCUCGGAUGAUAUUUCCUUGCUUCAUGAAUCACAAUCGGAUAGAGUUAGUUAUGGUGACGGGGCAGAUCCAGAUCAGGAACCACCACCACCAUACCAGGAGCAGCCCAAUGUGCCAGUGUACCACCCCACACCCAGUCAGGCCCGCCUGGCCAGCCAGCUAACAGAGGAGGAGCAGGUCCGCAUUGCCCAACGCAUCGGCCUCAUACACCACCUCCCCAAGGGAGUGUACGACGCUAGCAGGGACGGCUCCGAGAAGAAAAUCAGAGAGUGUGUGAUUUGCAUGAUGGACUUUGUGUAUGGAGACCCCAUCCGGUUCCUGCCCUGCAUGCACAUCUACCACAUGGACUGUAUAGAUGACUGGCUGAUGCGCUCCUUCACCUGCCCCUCCUGCAUGGAGCCAGUGGAUGCUGCACUGCUUUCCUCCUACGAGACCAACUGAGACACAACAGCGCCACCGCUACCACCCCUGAUCACUGUUCUGACUUAGUCCUGCAUUGCACCUAUGCGGCCCCCUCCAGCAUCCCCAUGACCCACAGACAGCACCUCCAACACCGGGGAGGGCCACAGUCUCUGGGAGUAGGUGAGGGCUGUGUGGUGGUGUUGAAGGGUGCUGUGGAGGACAUGGAUGGCUAACACAGAGAGGGGGCCGCUACCUUCUGGCCAGGCCUGCUGGACAGGAAAGCCCAGGCUGGGGGAAGACUGUGGAUACUGGUGAUCAAGACAAGACUCUCUUACUAUCACCUUCUGUCCACAGCCAGAAUUCUCCUUUCUCUCACUACCACACUGUUGUAGUAAACGGCCACGCUAGAAGGGAGGGGAGGGGAAGGAAAGAAACGCGUUAAAACUCUCUAGAAAUACAGAUAUAUGCGUUAAAACUCUCUAGAAAUACAGAUAUAUGCAAAGAUCUCUUGCAAGGAGCUGAUUCACUCACUUUUCUCUCCUUAACAUUGUGUUCAAGUCAGAACCUCUGUUCUACCAGUCAUCUUAAGGGCUCAGUGGAUUCCUUUUACUAGUACAGAGGAGCAAACUAUUAAUGCACAUGUACACAAAUCAGAACUUUCACUUAUGUUCUAGUCUCAGUGGAAGAGUUCAGCAUAUGCUUACAAAAUGUUUGAAUAGAAACACUUAAUUUUUCCAUAUUCAGUAUCCGUAACAGGAUUGUUUCAACACAAUGGUAAGGUCUGUUUUCCCGAAGUUACAUUUACAUUUUAGUCAUUUAGCAGACGCUCUUAUCCAGAGCGACUUACAGUUAGUGAAUACAUAUU